AUGGAGAGCAAUCCUCUGAUGGCGAGCGGCAAUAGAGGCAGGCCCAGCAGUGCUGGAGGCAAGCGGGCAGAAGGCUCCUACUGGCGGAUGAGCCCUGUAGACGGAGGGCGAGCACGCUCCCAAAGGGGAGCAGGAAAGCGCCAGAAUAAAGCGGCGGCGCUGGCACGCUCCGGGAGCACGGAAAAGCUGGAGGAGACCUGCAAAGGGAAGAAAACCUGCCAACGAAGGCAGAGAGGAUUCUUGCGCCAAAAGCCAGGGAGAAGCUGCGAAGAGCCUCCUGAUAGCCCUUCAUGGUACCAGUCUCUGCAGACAAUGGGAGAAAGAUUUGAGGACCAUGUUAAGACCAUAGAUCUUCUUAUGAAGAAACUUGACAACUGGACGCAAGAUCACUUGGGGGCUUUAGACCAGUUGGUGAAUGAACAUGUCAUAAACCUAUGGGAAUGGCUGGAGCAACAUAGCAUGGAUCUCACCGCUUGGCUCCAUGUGUACUUGUGGACCCUCCAAGAACUCCAACAUAGGUAUAUGGAAGGUUCUGACUACAGGCUGGGCAAAGAGAUUCUACUUCAUGACAAAUGUUGGGAAGAAAAUGUCAGCAAAGCAGACGCAUGGUUGAAACACCCAAAUGCUACCCUAUACAAGUGGCUGGAGGAGGACCUUAUGACCCUCAACAAAGCAUUGGAGAUCCAGGGCAACAGUGUGGGCAGUUCACGGCAAGAGUCUGUAAAGAUUCAUAUCCAGGACCCAGAACACCAUGUUAAAAUGCUAGAACAGUUAUUGGCCCACUACAUAGCAACUGCCACUAAGUGGCUAGAGGGAUGCAGCACACCGAGAGAUGCAUCUUCUCAGAAAUCUGCCCCAAAGCUAGGAAGAGCACAAGCAACAGCACUGGGAGUUAAGUGCCUCAGUGUCAUGAAAUGGCUAGAAGAGCAUGUUGUUGCCUUGGAACAGUGGCUGUUGGAUUCCAUGAAUUGGCAAAAGAAACGAAAGAUCAUCACCUAA